CAUACAAAAGGAAAUCAAUGCGGUAGCGUUUAGCGAUCACUGUUGCGCGUACCGUUGCUGAGGCGUGAGCCACCGGGGAAACCUCCUGAAAAGUCUCUCUGUCGCGGUAAAGUGCCGUUUGAAGGCAAGGAUCGGUCACCAGUUACUCGAGGAGGACCCGAGACCGUGUUGUCCGGUGGAGGAGACGAUAUAGUUGCCAAGUAAAACCCGAGGCUAGCUGUCGACGCCGAUAAGUGCCAUUAAGUUCCUCACCCCCGCAACUGCGUGUCGCGUGUUGCUUUUGAUAUCGAUCUACCGCUCCGAUGACUCGAAUUCCGUUCGUUUAGUGCUGCGGAUUCGACGCGGAGGUAAUCGUGGCGAGCGUUACCGGGACAUGUCAGGUCUGCGAGGAGAACUGUGUAUUUUGUCGUGUUGAUAAGUAGAGUAAAGAUCGCUCUCUCUCUCUCUUUUCUACGGUCGCCGCAGUCUUUCGUGUAAUUAUUCCUGUUGUUGUUCCGUCUUUGUCGCGUAAUGUAACAUUUGAUUAAUCGUACCGUUCGUUCGACUUUGUUGUAAUUGAGUGCGUGCGUACAUUGUCGUGAACAGUCUCGAGUCGAGCCACCGUUUUUUUUGGCGCAUUCCGUGCCUAUUGUCAUUACAUCUGCGAGCGCGUCAGCGGCUGUGUAAACUUUCGUUACCGUUGUGUGUCGCGGCUUGCCGCCUAGAAAUAAUACUUUUCGCUAAGAUCCUGUUCUAUUAUUACGGUCACCGAUAUCUUAUUCGAAUCGCCGUUAAUCAGCGUCGUGUGCCGCCGCGUAUUGUCGAUCGGCUCUGGCUACUUCGACUCGUUAUUAACGCCCGUGUAAAUCGGCGAAGCACUGCCAUACCUUUGUCCAUUGUCUAAAUAUACUACACUUUGUUAAUUUGUCACGUUAUCGUUACUGAGCUGAGUUUCUUUCUCCCAUACACCCACAAGCCGCCUCCCGAACCCCGCCUCUCCGUUUUACAUUCUGAGCUGUCGAGUAAUUAGUAUUUCGAGAGAUGACCGUCACGUCCGAGAAAACAGUAAUUUUAUAUUGGGGCGUUGCAAUUACUUGCAACAUACUGGUUUUAUUCGGGUUGUAUAAACGAUAUAUAUCUGUUUUGUCUAGUGCUACGUAUGUGGCACUUAGUAGAACAGUGUGGGCCAUAGGAAUAGCCUGGAUCUUAAUAGCGUGUCUUACCAGAAACGGAGGUAUAGUUAAUAAGUUAUUAUCNUUCAGAGUUUGGAUUCCUUUGAGCAAACUCACAUAUUGUGCCUAUCUUUUACAUCCUUUUAUCAUAUAUACAGUUCGUCUAAACAGCGAGACUUCUUUACACUUGGACAUUGCACCUUUUAUUAUCAUGUCUUUCGGAUACUUGACAAUUAGUUACCUUUUCGCUUAUUUGUUGUCUGUAAUGACAGAAAUUCCCUGUAUAUUGUUAACGGGAAUAUUUUUAAAAUCUUCGAGAAGAAAAAAUACGUCUCCCAAAAUCGAAAUAACGUAAUUAUGAGACUGUACUCGUAUAAAUUCAACCAAUCAGCGACGACGAGACAAAGACAGAAAUCCUAGUUGUGAUGCUCUCUAACGCGGACAGCUCGCACAAUGGCAAGAUUCGUUCCAUAUUAUAGUUCAGUGACUGUUCUUA